GUUUCUUUUGCUGUAAUCACAAUUGUGGUGAUGGGGACAUUCAUCUUCCACCAGAACACUCCCAUCGUCAAAGCCAACAAUUGGGAUAUCACCUGCACCCUGCUUUUCUCACUCCUGCUGUGUUUUCUUUGCUCCUUCCUCUUCCUCGGAUGUCCAGGGACAGUCACGUGUGUGCUCCGGCAAGCAGUUUUUGGAGUUGUCUUCUCCAUUGCGGUGGCUUGUGUGUUAGCUAAGACCCUCACUGUGGUUCUGGCCUUCAUGGCCACAAAGCCAGGGAACCGCAUGAGUGGGUGGGUGGGGAAAAGGCUGUCCGUCUCAGUCAUUGUUUUGUGCUCCCUUAUUCAAACAAGCAUCUGUGCUGUGUGGUUGGCCAUUUCUCCCCCUUUCCCAGAGUUGGACAUGCAUUCCCAGAUGGAUGAGAUCUUUGUGCAAUGCAACGAAGGCUCCGAGAUCAUGUUUUAUGUUGUGCUGGGCUACAUGUGGCUUCUUGCCCUUAUCAGCUUUACGGUGGCCUUCUUUGCCCGGAAGUUGCCCGACACUUUCAAUGAAGCCAAGCUCAUCACCUUCAGCAUGCUGGUCUUCUGCAGUGUUUGGGUGUCCUUUGUGCCCACCUACUUGAGCACUAAGGGGAAAUCCAUGGUGGCUGUGGAAGUCUUCUCUAUCUUGGCCUCAAGUGGUGGUUUAUUAGGUUCCAUUUUCCUGCCCAAGUGCUACAUCAUCAUGCUGACGCCAGAGCUGAAUACGAGAGAGCAGCUUGUUCGGAAAAAGACUAGUGUGAUUUCUAGGGCAGCAUGA